UUCGGAAGAUGUCAGGAAUUGACCCUGGUUAGCCAGCGGAGGAGACUCUGCAAAAGGAAGAGAAUACAGACUCAGCCCUACUGCAGGCAGCACAGUCGGCCUGAAGCUGGCCGAGACCAGCCCCCUAUGCUUCCUGCAAUGCCUGUGGGACAGGCGGAUCAGGCGGAUCCUGCAAUGCCUGUGGGACAGGCUGGUCCUGCAAUGCCGGUGUUGCAAGCGGAUCCUAUGCAAGUGGACUUACACCCUGACCGUCCUGAGCUUGCAAUGCCGGCGUUGCAGGCUGAUCAACCACUGGCAGCGAACGACCUUGGACAAUGCCAGGAACUUACACUAGUCAGCGGACGCCGUCGACUUUGCAAACGGAGACGGCGUCUAUCACAGCCUUACUGCAGGCAGCACAGUAAGACUUUCAUAUUCUCAUUUGGCUUUAUCAGCGAAAUAUGAAUUUUAAAUUGUUUG